AUGAUAAGAUUUCUUAUCAUCUUCUUAAUUAUCUUCAAUAUACGACAACGAUUUUAUGUCUUACUAAAUAAUAUUUAUCAAUCUUUUCUUCGAUUGAAUCUUUUUACAAAUCAAUCAAGCGAUACUUCAACAAUACAAUAUGAACGAACAUUAACUCGUUUAUAUCUCAUUUGUCUUUUUACUACAACAUUUGCUGUUCUUAUAUAUAUGUGUAUAUCUUAUCAAACAAAAACAAUAACUAUUAAAACUCCUCUUCAAUCAACAUAUGAAAAUCUUUUAAUUAAUUAUCCAAAUACACGUAUUCAAUGUCUUUGUUUACGUAUCUCAAUUCCUUAUCAGACAUUAAUAACAAUUAAAUUUGAUUUACAUCAAAUAUGUCAAAGUGAUUUUGUAUCGUUAUCAUGGCUUGAUUUAAAAUUUAGUGAUGGUAAUUGGUCAAUUUAUGAUCAACGUGAUUUUCGUAUUCGUAGUUUUGCUUAUUUUAAACAACUUGCUUCACUUUGUACAUUAUUCAAUCACAUUCUUAUUAAUGAAUUAAAAAAUUUUGGUCAAAAUGAAUUUAUUAGUACACAAUUGAUGUCUUCAAAAACAUUUGAAACACAAUUACAAACAAUAUUAAACAAUUUUCGUACAUCAAUAUCAACAACACUUCUACGUACACUUCAACUUUUUCGUGAUACAAUACAAGGAAAUCAACUUAUAUCGAUUUAUACAACUAAUUGGAUAUAUACUCCUCGAUCAUCAAUUUGGGAUGCAUUUAAUACAAAACCUUUAUCUCAUGGAUUCAAUUGUUCAUGUGCUAUAUCAAAUGAAUGUCUUGUUCUUGGUUGUUUACCAAUUGAAUCUCUUUUUCGUUCAACACUCGAAUGUUUUUAUAAUCAAACAUGUGUUGAUAUACUUGUAUCGUAUUUGAAUAAUACUUCUAUCAAUAAAACAAUUUUUAAUGCUCUUGAUUCAACAACUUAUAGUGGAUUUUUUCCAAAUAUGACUAUCAAUGAACUCGUAAAUAAUCUCUUUGUAGAGACUGAAUCAUGGAAAGCUAAUAUAUCUUAUACAUCAUUUUAUUCUCAAUGUGAACCUACAUUCUGUACAUAUACGAUUAUUAAACGAAAUAAUGCUCUGUUUAUAUGUACGAAUAUUCUUGGUUUAUAUGGAGGAUUAAUGAAAACAUUUCGUCAUAUUAUACCAGCAAUGAUGGCUAUUUAUACAUUUAUUUUACGUAAAAUGUGUUGUAUCCGAAACAAUUCAAUCACUUCACAAAUAGUAGUAAUCGAUUCGACUACGACUGUUGAAAUGAAAUGA